CCGGCCCAGCUCAGCGGCUCCUCGGCUAACGAGAAUUCGCGGAGGCUGCAAAAAGACCAGCGUGGCCCAUGGCGAGCAGCGGGGUUAUCAAAUGUAAGGCAGCUGUUGCCUGGGAGGCGGGCAAACCAUUGUCCAUUGAAGAGGUGGAAGUUGCACCUCCAAAAGCUCACGAAGUUCGUAUCAAGAUUAUCGCCACUGCUGUGUGUCACACUGAUGCCUACACGCUGAGCGGUGCUGAUCCUGAAGGAAGUUUCCCUGUUAUCCUGGGUCAUGAAGGAGCGGGACUUGUGGAGAGUGUUGGGGAAGGAGUGACUAAAUUUAAACCAGGAGACACAGUUGUCCCUCUGUAUAUUCCUCAAUGUGGUGAAUGCAAGUUUUGUUUAAACCCGAAAACUAACCUCUGUCAGAAAAUAAGAGUCACCCAAGGAAAAGGAUUGAUGCCUGAUGGGAGCAGUAGGUUCAUGUGCAAAGGAAAGAAAGUUCUCCACUUCAUGGGGACCAGCACCUUCUCGGAAUACACGGUUGUGGCAGACAUUUCUUUGGCUAAAAUAGAUGCUUCGGCUCCUUUGGACAAGGUCUGCCUGCUGGGUUGUGGAGUUUCUACAGGCUACGGAGCUGCUGUGAAUACUGCAAAGGUGGAACCUGGCUCUACCUGUGCCAUCUUUGGCUUAGGCGGAGUUGGGCUAGCCGUAAUCAUGGGCUGUAAGGUGGCCGGCGCAUCCCGGAUCAUUGGGGUUGACCUCAACAAAGACAAAUUUGUAAAAGCAAAGGAAUUUGGGGCUACAGAAUGCAUCAGCCCUGAGGACUUCAAGAAACCUAUUCAGGAGGCCCUGGUUGAGUUGACAGAUGGAGGAGUAGAUUACUCAUUUGAGUGCAUUGGUAAUGUUGGUGUUAUGAGAGCAGCCUUGGAAGCCUGUCACAAAGGCUGGGGUGUGAGUGUGAUAGUUGGUGUCGCUGCUGCUGGUCAGGAAAUCGCCACCCGUCCAUUCCAGCUGGUCACUGGGCGAACAUGGAAAGGGACUGCCUUUGGAGGCUGGAAAAGUGUGGAGAGUGUACCAAAACUGGUAGAUGAAUAUAUGUCCAAAAAGAUAAAAGUGGACGAAUUUGUGACUCACACUCUGCCUUUUGAGAAAAUUAACGAGGCUUUUGAACUCAUGCAUGCUGGAAAGAGCAUUCGAAGUGUUCUAAAGUUUUAAGAAGACCGAAGAAGGGACUCUUGCCAUUGUAGCAGUACGACACUACAUAGUUUCUCAACAUGCCUUUUGUAGAAGAGCGGAAUCUGGGAAAAGCUGUAGUUAGAAUUAAGUUGGAAAGAGCACCUGUUCUGGCAGUGUAGAAUUAAAAAGUGCUGACCUCACUCUGUUACAGCACAUACCAGCUGUAGAUUUUAGAAAGACCUUUUCUCUACAUGUUUCCCAUCUUACUGUACCACUAAGUGCCGGAAAUCUCUAAUUAUAGACCGAACUUGCUUAAAAUCAAGUAGUUACAUCUCCUUCAAAAAAAACCUACAAUGAAACCACCACCUCCCUAGCAGGGAAUCAUGAUUAAAGCUGAUUAAAGCCCUUUUUUUUUGUAUGU